AUCUGCCGGAUCGAAGAUCGAUUUACUGAAGUUGGAUUUUUCUUAUUAAAAAAAAAAAUCUUUUCCCUCUAAGAGUAAGGUAACCUCUAACUGCCGAGAACCUGUGUCCCCGCGGGAAAUGAUUGAAUCGGGACGUGUCGCAGUGACUGGUUGCUCCCUGCUUAGAGGCACAGCUCUGCUGUUGUCAGCUCUUCGGUUGGCCUCAGCAGGUCCAGUCCCAGUGUUCCUGACAGUCGGGGACUCGGUCACUCUGCCCUGUGAUGGGACACCAGCCGCUGGGAUCCCCGAGGACCAGUUACACGUCCAGUGGAAAACCCCCACGAGGCCUGUGCUGGAUUUCCACAGCGGACGAGCCUUUCCCGGCCCCGGGUUCGAGCCCAGAGCCCAGGUGUCCCGGGAGAAGAUCAGACAGGGGGACUUCUCCCUGAGCCUCCUCCAGGCCUCCUUCUCCGACACUGGCCUGUACGAGUGUUAUUACAGAGGGACAGAUGGCCUGAUGAAGCUUCUUGGUGAAGUUGAGGUCAUCGUCCUAGCGCUCCCACUAUCGGUGCGUCUGGGUGACUCGGUCACUCUGCCCUGUGAUGGGACCAGGGCUACUGGAAUCCCCGAGGAGGAGCUCAGAAUCCGUUGGCAGACUCCAGACAGAUCAGUGCUUGAUGUCUCCAGUGGGAAACAGUAUCCUGACCCUGACUAUAAGAGCAGAGCUGAGGUGUCCAGAGAGAAGAUCAGACAGGGGAACUUCUCUCUCACCCUCCACCACACAAAGCUCUCAGAUGAAGACUACUACGAGUGUUAUUACAGAGGGAACCAUGAUCACCUGCAG